GAGCGGCAGUGGCAGUGGCGAGAGAGGGAGGGGCAGCGGAGGCAGGGCCGGGGGGAGCACGGGCACAGCUGCUGGAGCGGCUAGAAGCGUUCAGGGAGGAGCGGCGGCUGGGGCGAGUGCUGCAGGCGAUGAGGGAGCGAGUGACGGCUGCGAGAGAGCUCAACGCGGUUCUCUCCUCCCUCGUUACAAGCACACUCCCCACUAUCAGGUCUUCCGAAACCACUGCUGUUUCCUACUCUGGGCCCUGGCCAGAAGAUUCCGGGUACCUUCCCCAGUGCUCCAUUGUGAGCUGGCAGCUUCUCAUUGGCCCGCUGGGGUUCCCAAAUGCCACGUGUAGAAACCAGAUCGGGGGAAAGGCUGAGGAAGGGGACUUGGCAAGUGGGAAGGGGGGGGAGAAAAGAGGAAAGGAGAGGCGAGGGGAGGGGAGGAGCGAGAGGGAGGGGGAGAAGGAAAGGAGUGACAGGAAAGGAGAUGAGAGGAAAGGGGAUGAGAGGAAAGGGGAUGAGAGGAAAGGGGAUGAGAGGAAAGGGGAUGAGAGGAAAGGAGACGAGAGGAAAGGUGAUGAGAAGAAGGGGGAGAAGGGAUCAGGGGAGGAAGGAUCGUCUCGCGGCAGAGGAGAAGGCACAGGAGGAGGGAAAGGUAGAGACGUCGCUGUGGGAAGCAAGCAGGGGAUCGGUGGACUCUUUGUUGGUGGCUUGGCACGAGAGGGCGGCUUGGUGGUUGGUGGUUUGGGAGGAGGAGAGGGUGGUUUGGAAGGGGAGGGUGGUUUUUCGGCUGGUCUUUUGCUCUCUAGGGCACUGGUGGUUGCACAGAGGAGACUGGGGGGACUGGCAGGGGUGCAACCCAACCUCCCCUCCUCCACUGCUCAAGUCACACUCUCUCCAUCUGCUUCAUCCCCCUCCUCGCAUGCCUCCUCCCAUGCCUCCUUACUGCUGGAUGGGCUGUUCUCUCUCGAGUCCGAGGCCAUCGCAGGACUCAACAACUUCAAUGCCGACUCUGUUGCCGCUGUCGUCUCCGCUGCUGAGAAGGGAGGGGCCACGGUAGUCGACAUUGCCUGCGAUGCAGAUCUCGUUCGCCUCGCCCGCUCCCUCGCCUCUCUCCCUAUCUGCGUGUCGGCAGUCGAGCCGGAGAAGUUCGUCGAGGCAGUUGCUGCUGGCGCGCACAUGAUCGAGAUUGGCAACUUCGAUUCGUUCUACCCUGACGGCCGGGAGUUCACCGCAGAGGAGGUGCUUGACUUGACUCGUCGCACUCGCCAGCUGCUCCCCUCCAUCGCCCUCUCCGUCACCGUUCCCCACACUCUGCCUCUGCCCGAACAGGUCGCUCUGGCGGAGGCUCUGCAAGAGUGCGGCGCUGACGUCAUCCAGACUGAGGGCGGAACCAGCUCAGCAGCUUCCUCUGCUGGCGUUCAAGGGCUGGUGGAGAAGGCCACCCCCACAAUCGCAGCUACCUACUCUAUUGCCCGUGCUGUCACCAUUCCAGUCAUGUGUGCCUCUGGCCUCAGCGCUGUUACUGUUCCUCUUGCCUUCGCUGCUGGUGCCUCUGGAGUGGGUGUUGGGUCUGCCAUCAACCGCCUGAAUGAGCCGAUUGCGAUGGUGGCAGCGGUGUGUGAAAUUGCGGAUGCGGUGAAUAGCCAAGUCACUGGGAAGAAGGCAGCUGUCAGUGGUGCUAACAAUUGA